AUGUGCCAUCUGGUGCAGGCGAGUAUGACCUCGAAAUUUGAAGAUGCGUUGGGUGGAAUUGCAUCUCGAUACCUUGAGCCCAAGGACUAUAAAGGCGAUGAGACAGAUCGUGAGGUUGUUCCCUCCUUUUCUGCUACACUUGUAGAGCACCGAGAGAAGCGUGCUCCAUCUCACUCUGUUCGGCUGCCGUAUCAAGACCAAGUUUUGUUCCGAACAAAGGGUUAGUUACUGCUUCUGUCUAGCCGUCCAUAAGAUGUGCUGAUUCUGAUGUUUUUCUUUUCAGCUAGGCGAAGAGGUUCCGAGGUUUGCAGCGCACCCUUCCACCCAUUUCCUUCAAUGUCUCAAUCCCCGGAAACCCAUACAUCGGAAGACGUCACCACUUCCCGGUAAGAUAAAAUAAAGAACUAUCGAGUGGCUGGCAACUAAGUGGAUUAGGUCAAACGAGCACUUUACCAAAUCCACCUGGGCUGACGAGGAUAUUCCAAGAUACAACGACGAUUUGAUCACCAAUCUGGAGAUACCAACCAAUUCACGCGAGAGAAGAAAGAUAGCAGCGGGCAAGCGCAAGGCGGCAAGGAUGAUAAAAAGGACUGGCGUGGUAUAA